GAGCUCGGGAAAUUCCCCUGGAGCCUGUUCCUCUGCUUCUCAGCCCAGCUGGGGUGGGGUGCCCACUGGAGGGAAGGGCCGGGCCAAAGACCGGGGCCUGCCAUGGCCUCAGCCCUGAGCCCACCCCGGGUCCCUAAGCCCAAGUAUGCCCUGCCCUCGCACUACCAUGAGAGCUUUCUGGAGAAGAAAGGACCUCGGGACCGGGAUUACAAGAAGUUCUGGGCUGGCCUCCAGGGCCUCACUCUCUAUUUCUACAAUAGCAAUCGGGACUGCCAACAUGUGGAGAAGCUAGACCUUGGAGCAUUCGUGAGACUCACAGAUGGGGCUCCCUCGGGGAGCUCCCGUGACUCUGGCAUCUAUUUCAACCUGGUCCUCCGGAACGAGGAGAUCAAGUUCAAGGUAGAGAGCCUGGAGUCUCGGGAGAUGUGGAAAGGCUUCAUCCUCACGGUGGUGGAGCUCCGUGUCCCAUCCAACUUGACCCUGCUACCUGGACAUCUCUACAUGAUGGCCGAGGCCCUGGCCAAAGAGGAGGCGCGCCGCGCACUCGAGAUGCCCUCGUGCUUCUUGAAGGUGAGCCGGCUGGAGGCGCAACUGCUCCUGGAGCGCUACCCCGAAAGCGGGAACUUGCUGCUGCGGCCCAGCGGAGAUGGCAUGGGCGGAGUGUCUGUCACCACGCGCCAGACGCUCAACGGGACGCCGGUGGUCCGGCACUACAAGGUGAAGCGCGAGGGCCCUAAGUAUGUGAUCGACGUGGAAGAGCCGUUCUCGUGCGCCUCACUCCACGCAGUGGUCAGCUAUUUCGUAUCGCAUACCAAGAACGCGCUGUUGCCUUUCCUGCUGGACGAGGACUACGAGAAGGUGCUAGGCUACGUGGAGGCGGAUAAAGAGAACGGCGAGAGUGUAUGGGUGGCACCCUCGGUCCCCGCGGUCCCCGGUCCAGGUCCCACGCCCCCCACCGAUGGCCCCAAGCAACCACCUCCCACAUCCAUCACGCCCGUGUCCAGCCAGGACAAGCUGCCGCAGCUACCGAACCCAGAUGAGAACUACGUGAUCCCCAUCAGCGACGCCCCAGCUGCUGACUACGUGAACGGGGACGUGCCUUCCCCUGGUCGGCUGGUCAUCCAGAAGCCCAAGAAGUGUCACCUAGCCCCAAAGGUUCAGGCAAAGCCUCCAAAGCCACCCAUUGCGCCCAAGCCAGAGCCCAAAGGCCUUAGCAGAGGCCUGGCGAGGAAGCUGGUGUUCCUCCCCACAACAGGGCUGGCUGAUGUGACAGCGGAGCUGGAAGAGAAACUGCAGAGGCGGCGGGCACGGGAGCACUCCGCCGGGCUCGCUGAGGACCAGCGGGUCGGUCUCGGAGCACAGCGCGUCAGCCAGGUGGACCCCUCCUCCAAGAAUUAAAGCUCAAGUGACCUCAAG